AUGAGUGAUAAUAUUAAAGUAGUUGUCAAAGUCCGGCCUCUCAUUCCUCGUGAAAUUGAAGACAAGCUCUCCUACCAAUGGCGCGUAAACAAUAAUACUCUUUAUCAAAUAGACCAAAAUGGUAGAGAAUGUGGACCAGCUUUUACUUUCGACCAAGUAUAUGACAAAGAUACUAAAACGAGCGAUGUGUACAAUGAUAUUGCGAAACCUAUUGUGGAGGCUGCAACUGCUGGUUUUAAUGGAACCAUCUUCGCAUACGGCCAAACAUCUUCAGGCAAAACUUACACCAUGACAGGGACAGAUGAUGCACCCGGAUUAAUACCACUAGCUGUCCUUAAUUUAUUUGAUAUUAUUAAAAAAGUACCAGAUAGAGACUUUUUAGUCAGAGUAUCUUAUGUAGAGAUAUAUAAUGAGACCUUAAUUGAUUUGCUAGAUAUGAAGAAAACGGUAACAAUCAAAGAUACAGUUCAAGGACUAAAGGUAGAUGCCACUUAUAAGGUUACCACUUCACCUGAAGAAGUGCUUGAAAUUAUGAGAGAGGGCAAAGCUAAUAGACAAACGGGAUCCACAAAUAUGAAUGAAGAAAGUAGCAGAUCUCAUUCUAUAUUUCAAAUUACAAUAGAAUCUCGUGAUCAUAUAGAAGGUGAACAGGAAGUAGGUUCAGUAAAUGUGUCUCAGCUUAACCUGGUGGACUUGGCGGGCUCGGAACGUUCCGGACAAACUGGCGCUACCGGCAUAAGAUUCAAAGAAGGCACCCACAUUAACAGAUCAUUGUCUGCUUUGGCAUUAGUCAUUAAACAGCUUUCGGAAAGUCCUCUGACAGGUCACAAGCACGUGAACUAUCGUGAUAGCAAGUUGACACGACUACUUCAAAAUUCGUUAGGUGGUAACGCGAAAACUAGUAUUAUUUGUGCUGUGACUCCUGCCGCUGUAGAAGAAACAAUAUCCACAUUACAAUUCGCGAACAGAGCGAAGGCAAUAAAGAACACCCCGGCGGUGAAUGCGGUCGCCACGGACGCGAGCAUGAUCCAGUCCCUCACGAAGCAGCUCUCUCUAUUAAAAACACAGCUUGAGGGCAAAAAGAAUGUUGAGCAAGAUAACUUCAAUCUACAAAAGCAAAUAACGCAAUUACAAAAAUUAAUUUUAAAUGGAUUCGCCGAAAGAACAAGUACGGAUUUGAUUAGCGGUGCAAGGAGAAGAUUGAUUCCACCAAGACGUAUGACAAUAUCCACGUUACAUCCGAUUCAAGAAGACCCGGUACCGGCUAUGCCAAAGUUCUGCACUCCUAGCCUUAAAUACAAUCCACUAGUGAUACCGGGCGUGUCGGACUUCCAGCCCAUACAGAGCGCGAGCAGCCUGGCCAGCGUGUGCGAGGAGCGCGCCGUCACGCCGCCCGGCAGCAAGAAGGUCAACUUUAGCGACGAGGUCAUUGAACUUGAUAGCGACGACGACGACAGUUCUACAGACGUUCAAACCUGUUCACCUUACCAUAAAUGUUACAAUUCUUCAAAAACACCACCUUGCAUUUUGAGAAAGACCGCUAAACAAGCUGAGAAAAAUUUACAGGACAUUGUAGAAUUAACAGAAAGAGAAAAAAUCUACACUCCUAACAUUGUUGAAUUGAUGGAGAAACUGGAAAGCAAAUCGUUAAAAAUAGCUGAACUCGAAGAUGAAUUGAUCAAACUGGGGAAUCUUAGCGAGGAGAAAGAUAAAGAAAUGGAGAAAUUAAAAAGUAACAUAACUAAUGCUGAAAAGCAAAUAAAACAAAUAACAAUUGCUAAAGAGGAAUUGGAAAAAGCUUGCAAAGAUUACAACACGAAGCUGACUGAUUGGGAAGUCAGUUACGAGACACUGAAAAAGAAAUCCAAAAGCAGAGAAGAUGAACUUUUGUCACUGCUACAGGAACACGAAUUAAAAAAGAAGCGCGAAGUCAUUGGUAAAAUAUCGUCAAAAGCCAUAGAAAAAGAAUUAAAUUUUAUGGAUAUGUCCAGAGAUAUUUUACUAGUGGAUAGCGAAUUUGACAAUAGUAUUACAAAUAUAGACUCGACACAAACAUUACUAGCUCAGUCUUCCAAAGGCGUACAAAGUCAACCGACACAAAAGAACCAAUCCAUUUUAGAUUUAGAAGCCAACUUAAAAGCACAAAAAUUACGAAUAGAUAGCUUAGAAAAUAUUAACAAAGAUUUACAAAAUACCAUACAAAGUUACAAAGAGAAAAUCUCAUAUAUUGAACACGAGAACUCUCUACAUAAAUCUUCUAUUGAUAACCUAAAUAAUACAAUAGAAAACCAAAAGUCAUUAUUAGAAACGGCUAAUGCAGAUAUUGAAUCGUACAACAGUGUGAUACAAGAGUUGCAACUCAAAUUAGUGGUCAAAGAUAAUAGUGAUCAGAAUGUAAUGAAUGAUAGCGAUAUAGAAACUAUGAUAGCAAAUGAAGAAAUGUUUAUUGCUAAUCAUGAAAAUAUGAAAAACAUUCUACAGUCUUUAAAAACUGCACUCAAGUCGAGGGAUGAGGAAAUCAAACAUCUGAAAACUAAGAUUACCGAAAACGUAUCGAAUAUAGAUUUUAUUGCGGAGUUAGAUAAUAAGAAAAAAGAGAUAGCGUUACUUAAAGAUGAAAUUAAUAGCCUAAUAACACAAGACAACGAAAAAACCGAUCUCAUUGAUAAGUUAGUUAAAGAGAAAAAAGAUUUAUUAAAUAUGGAAUUGCAAUUAAAAAUCCAAUUGUCAGGUAUCCAGAAAGAUAAAGAACUGUUGGAGAAACAAAAUGGAGAGCGAGCGCUUGAAGUCGAUCGAUUAAAAGAAUACAGUGAAAAAUUAACAUCAGAAUUAGCAGAAAAAGAACGUGAAAUUACAUGUGAAAAAGAAAAUUCGAGAAAAGAAAUUGAAAUUGCAAACAAGAAAAUAAUUGAUUUAGAAAACGAUAUCAAAAUUAAAGAAAAUAUUAUCACAAGCUUAAAUAAAGAAGAUAUUGAAACACAGGAAAAUAUAGCUAAAGCCAAAUCUACAUUAGAAAAAUUACAAAAAAUAAUAUCAUUGUUUACGGAUGAUAUUUUAGUAGUUCCAGAAAUUAUGGAUAAUAUAGUAACAGCGCUCAGUACGUUAAGUGAUAACUUAACAUCCUUCGAGAGCAUUGCCUUAGAAGCUAUUUCAGAAAAAAAUAACGUUAAACAAUUGUUAGAUCAACAACAGGAAGAAUUAAAUAAUAUUCAAAUAAAAAUACAUGAUCUUAAUAAUGCUGUGGAUAGUUUUUAUGCAGAGUACCAAAAUGUAUCAGAAGUAAACAAUGAUAAUAUAGUAAAGACAGCAGAAAAAGACACAUGUGAAAAAUUAAAAUGUAAAGUAAUGAAUCUCAUAACAACUAUGAAAACGUCACAAGCUUAUUUUAAUGAAUGUAUUCAAAACAAAGAUAAAGAACUUAAUGCAUUAAGAUUAGAACAUGAGAGAACUAUAAGUGAUUUCCAAACGAAAUGUAGUAAAGCUUCCGAAUGUUCCCAACAAAUUGAUAAAUUAGUCCAUAAUCGAGAUGAAAUGUUAAAAAAUAUAUUAGAGAAGGCGACUCGAUUGACUUCCGAAUUUAACAUUGAGAACAGUAUUUCUUGUCAAUUAAGUGACGGUCCAGAAAAUAUGUUUGAAGAAAUUGCUCUUACUUUAGAUAAAAUAGCCAACCACGUUAGUAUUAUAAAAUCAGGUCAAGACAAAGAAUGUAAUACCGUUGAAGAAAUAUUAGCUGAAGCUAAAAGUGAAAUAAAACAACUGACAGAGGAAAAUCUCAAAUUGAUACAAGAUAUUACGAAUUUGGAAAACAACAAUGUCUCAUUAUCUAAUGAAUUGAAUGUUAUUCACGGAGAAACUAAUAAUAUGACAAAGGAUUUGAAAGAAAGCGCGCAUUUGUUGGAUCAGCUACGACAAGACUUAAUGAGUAAGUCCAGUGAGAUAGAAAUUAUAGAGAGUAGGGCAAAAGAAUGGAAAGAUAAGUUUAUACACCUGGAAUAUUCUAUGAAAGAGCAAAUUAAUUGCUUAGAAACAGAAAACAGUGAGCUUAAAUUAAAGUGUUCAGAGUUAGAAUUACACGAGAAAUAUGUGAAUAACUUACAAAAACAAGUACUAAAAGACGAUCAGAAAGACUUUUCUAGAAAAUCAAAUGCAUAUAUCGAAUUUAACUCUCCCCCUAGUCUUUUGACAAUAUGUUGCAACAAAAUAGUAGAUGUAAUUCAGCCCCUUGAAGAUGAAAAAUCUAUGAGUUCCCAUUCUUGUAGUGAAUUAAAGGAUGAUGAAUACAUGAACACUUGCCGCUGUGACGAACUUAUGGCCGAUUUAACCAUUUUAAAGGCUGAUAACACUAAAUUGAAGCAUAGAAUUGUGGAAUUGGAGAAUGACAAUGAGAACCAUAUCAAAGAACAGGAGGAAGUUCAGAUGGAGGUACGAUUACUUUUAGAGCAUACACACGAAUUACAGAAAAAAAUAGUUAAUCACAGAACAAACUUGUCCACACUCACUGCAACCACUUACGCAGAGAAUAGGUCGUUAAGUUCCCAAUUGAAGUUCCUACAGCACCAUCAUAGUAGAUUCCACACAGUAUGUCAAAGGGAUAUACCGGAAUUUAAAAAACAAUUGCAAGACCUAAUGAUUAUUCUUAAAACUGAAAGUUGUUUAAACAAAUGUAACGACAGUUUUAAGCGAUAUUCUCUACCGAAUGCUUUAGAAACAGCGUCACUGCAUUCUACAUUCAAAAACGAGUCUACUAUGGAUGGUGAACUUUUAAUGUUAGAUACAAACUUGACACUUACAACUUGUGAUAACACUUUAUUAGCUAACGAUCAAACUUGUUUUGAUGCAACUCAAGUUUGUACAGUCAAUGAAGUAGCCACUCAGACAGAUGUUGAUGAUAUAACUAAAUAUAAUAUAUCACAUCCUCAGAUCACCCCAGAAACAUCCGAAUGCAUCAAAAUUAUAGAAACAUUAGAAUCUCUUAAGAACGAAAACGACAAAUUACGCUAUCUUGUUGAAGAUUAUUCUAAAAAUAAAGUAAAAGUAUCUGUCACAGAUGCUCAAAGUAGUCCAAUUAAAAUAAGCAAUAGUUUAAACAACUCACUAUCCAUUGCAACGAACGAUUAUGAGAAUAAAGACUCGUGCGGUGAUUGUGAAGAUAAAAAUGAAGUAAGGAUAAUAGAAGAAAAGUAUAAAGCUGAAAUCGAGGUUAUGUCUAAAAAUUUAACAGAUCUAAAAUCUCAGAGAGAUGAACUUGAGGAAAAAUAUCGUAAUCUCACUCUAGAAAUGCCUAAUACCGAAUCUUUAGUCCGUAAAUUAACUUCAUUAGAAGAAGAUUUUUGCAAAAAGCAAAAUGAGAUUGAAGUUCUCACUGAUUCUUUGGCUAAAAAGAAUAAUCAGUUAAAAGUUUUGCAAGAAGAAAAUGAUUCACUGUCGAAUCAAGUAAUGGAAAGUAUUUCCGAAGUAGAUGACCUUAAAAAAGAGCAUGACUUGUUAAAAGAAAUAAAUAAUGACCUUACAAAUAAAUUCACUCAAUUAGAAGAAGAAAUUACGCGCUUAAAAUGCAAGAAAGAUGAAGAACAAAUAUGUCAAGAAUGUAUGGUAAAAGACGAAAUGAUUAUUUCUUUGGAAAACAAAAUGGCAGAGACACAUGCAAAAUUGGAUAGAAGCUACAGCGAUUCGGACAGUUCGUCGAGAUAUAAUAAAAUAUGCACUUUACAAAAUGAACUUCACGCAGGCAGAGAGGAUUGUAUUGAAUUGAAAGAGGAAGUGACUACAAUCAAAAAUCAUUUGGAACGUAGCAACCUUUCCAUCAGUCAUGCCAUGGAUUUAGAUGAAAGUAUAACCGAUGCUCUUGUGUGUUCAUUUAAUAAAUCAACGGCAAACAGCAAAUGUGAACACAUGCCAACAGAACAAGAGAAUAACAUGUAUGCAUUAGAUAAAAUAGAUUGUAUAAAUUACUAUAUAGACAAAGUGGGUGUUGAUAAAGAAAGCCUCAAAGGAGAUACGAAAAUAAUAGAUGUCAUGAAAAUGUUAUAUGAUAGUUUUACCGUUAAACAUGCAAAUGAAAUUGAAAAUUUAGUCAAUAAACUAAAGGAUUUCGAAGAAUCUAAGAGCGAACUCGAAAAUAAAGUUUUUAAACUAAACAGUGAACAAACGAGACUAAAUGCAGAUUUAAUGGAAAAAGAUUCUUACCUACAAACUAUGGCUAACGUUGUUUCUCAAAUUCGAAAUAAUAUAAGUGUCAUAAAUGAAGACACAGACUCUGAAAAUCUUAUCUUUAACUUUAGUGAUAAAAUUUUAAGGAAAGUCGACAAAGAGUUUGGCUUUACAAGUACUGUGAUAUUUGACUGGAUCUGCAACAAGUAUAAUAAUUUAGUUGAAACAAUAUCUACAGAAAAACAGCAUCUCAUUGAGGAAGUGCAGCGUAUGGCUGCGAGUAUUGACUCAGUUAAUGAAAACUUAGCUUCAUUGAAAUCGCAGUUAACAGAGAAGGAGAAAGAACUUGAGUUGGUAAAGUGGCACAAAGAAAACAUUGAUGAGAUUAGUACUGCGGUGACCUUAGAUAUUGUAAAUAAAGAAAAAGAUUUAAAAUUGCUUGUAAGAAACGGCUACGAAAAGCUGUUAGAGAAUAGGAUCAUAACUCAAACCAUAGACUUUGAUUUUCCCACUCUGGAUAUCCUUAAAGCGAUUUUUGACAUUAUUUCUCUACAGGGAAGGAAAAAUAAUCAGGAACAACAACUAGAAAUGGAGAAGAACAGUCUCAUUUUACAAUUAGAACAAUUAAAAGCUGACCUUCAAUUAAAAGACCAACAGCAAAAUAAAGCUCACAAAGAGAACAAAAAAUUAAUUGCAGAUUUAAAAGAAAAGGAACAACAAUAUCUUUCACAAGUUUCUUUGCACGAAGACCUAAAUAAAAUACAUGAAAAGAAAGUGGAAGAAAAUAGUGUUAAUAUUAAUGUAAUAAAUAAAUUAAAAGAAGAAAUUACUAUAUAUAAGAACACCGUUGUUGAAAAAGACGACGUCAUUGCUUCUCUAGAAAGUAAAAUUAAUAUUCUAAAUGAAAAAUCAAGUUUGGAAAAUGAUACUAAAGUAACUGACCUCUUGCAAUCUGUAGCUAAAUCGCAACAAGAAAUUGACAAUUUAAAAACUGUAAAUCAGACUAUAUUAAAAGAAAAAGAAAUAUGCGCAAGCGAAUUCUCUGACGCGUGUGCUAAAUUGAAUAAAAACAAAAUCGAUAUGGAAAAACUAACAUCCGACAUACAGAUACUAAGAACGUGUAUUAAAGAGAACUCAGAGCUGGUUGAAACGUUGAAAAUUGAAUCAAGAACUUUGUCAGAACAAAAUAAGUUAUUGCAGAAUGAAUUGCAAGAGAAGUGUAAAGAGUGUACUCGUUUAAUGAACAAUAUAAAAACACAUGAAAAGACUGCUCAAAUUCAAAGCGGAAUUAUAAAUAGAUUAAGAAAACAGAAAGAAGAUGAUGACAAAAUAUGUCUUGAAAAGGAGAAAUUGAUACAAGAAUUAAACGAAAAAUUGAACUCCUUAGACACACAGUACAAGAAGUUAGAUGGGGAUCUUAAAACCUGCAGGGAAGAAAUCGAUCAAUUGACUAAAGCUAAGCAUUUGUUAGAGGUUCGCAUAUCGGAAUUAGAAACAGAUGUAGAGGCCAAGCCCAGACUGUCAAUAGAUAUCGCAGAGUCUACAAGAAGACGCCGGCAAAGCAUUCACGAUUCGAAACGAAUGUUCUCGGAUAGUGUUCAAGAUCACAAAAAAAUAGAAGCCGUGUUUAAAUCUCGCGGUAAGCCCGACGAUCUCUUCAUGGACGUGGACGACGAUAGCUCGGCAAGAAGUACGCCCAUCAGACAGAGCAAAGGACGUGAAAGUCUCGCAUCAAAACAUGAUCACAGUGACAACACAGAAGAACAUUCUAGGCCAAGCAGUGUGCUGGCGAGCCGCCGGCGGCGUCAGAGCGUGCACGACUUGCACCGUAGUGUGCAUUCGCAAGAACAUUCACGAGAAUCAUCACGAAAUAACAGCAUCGAUUGUGAAGUGACUCAAUUGAGGAAACAACUCGAAUCGUGUCAACAAGAAUUAGAAGAACUGAAAGUGAAAUAUAAGGAGGUAGAUGAAGAAUGUGAGAUAUGUGCCGAGUACCUGAAGGAGAGGGAUGAACAGUGUUCGAAGCUGAAGGAAGAUAAAGUUGCUUUGGAGAAUAUUAUAACGGACCUAAAAGAUAAAUUAAAGAACAACAAUCCUAAUCAGGCCAAUGCGAAGGCUACUUUCGCCGACGCCGCAGUGAACACUGAUGAGGAUUGGACCAAUCUCCACUCGGUGGUUGUGGACAGGAUGUCAUACAAUGCGGAGGUUGAGAAAAAUAAGAAAUUGAUGAAAAGUAUUGAAGAGCUUCGCUUCAAAAAUCACGGUCUCAAGACUACUAUGGCGAAGAUGCAGAAGGCAUUGGAGAAAAAUACCGUCAAGGACAGCAAAGAGCUAGAGGCGACCAGAGCGGAACUAUCCGCGUGUAAACAAGAGCUGGAAGAACUGAAGGUGCGGUACAAGGAGCUGGACGAGGAGUGCGAGACGUGCGCCGAGUACCUGCGCGAGAGGGACGAGCAGUGCGCGCGGCUCAGGGACGCCAAGGCCGGCUUGGAGGCUAAAUUACAAGAAUACCAAGAUGUGAGCAAUAUGACGCACUCGGUACGCAAGAAGCGGCAAACCCUACACGACCAGAACCGACGGCCCUCGACCACUCUGACUGACGCCUCCACUGAAACUAGUGAUGGUAAGUUAAUAGAAAAAGUUAUUAUGGCCAUCUCGGUU